CAAAAAGGCAGGAGUGCCAAACUUUGUACCAAGACACAAUAGCUGGAGUGCAAAAAUGAGAAGCUUGUCUUCUCUCUGCCGGAGUAGCUGGUUAUCGAGGACAAGAAGAGAAGCUCCACACUCAAUCUUAUUCUCAAAAACUCUCUGUACUGACAACAGUGAUGGGGUUCAAAGCUCAAGGAUCAAGAUCUUCGAUCGCCAUUUCAGACGCAAACAGCUUGAUCGAGCUGCUUGGUUGAUGCGUUCGAAGGAUUCUUUUGUUGAUACUGUUGCUGAGAAUCUAUUAGAUCGUUUGGAGGAUUGCAAGAAAACAUUUCCGACAGCAUUAUGUUUGGGAGGUUCGUUGGAAGCUGUCAGGCGUUUGUUACGUGGUCGUGGUGCCAUCGAAAGGCUCAUUAUGAUGUCUACAUCACAUGAUAUGGUAAAACUAUGUAGAGAUGCUGAGCAUGGCAUACAGAGUGAAAACAUUGAAACAUCGUUUAUGGUUGGUGACGAAGAGUUUUUACCUGUCAAAGAAAGUUCUCUAGAUCUGGUAAUAAGUUGCUUGGGCCUUCACUGGACAAAUGAUCUUCCAGGAGCCAUGAUACAGAGCAGAUUGGCAUUGAAGCCAGAUGGCCUAUUUUUAGCUGCAAUUCUUGGUGGAGAAACCUUAAAAGAGCUGAGAAUAGCAUGCACAGUGGCACAAAUGGAACGUGAAGGAGGCAUCAGUCCACGAAUAUCACCUUUGGCACAAGUGCGGGAUGCGGGCAAUCUUUUGACCAGGGCAGGUUUUUCCCUUCCAGGUGUUGAUGUUGACGAAUUUGUAGUCAGAUAUCCAAGUGCCCUGGAUCUCGUAGAACAUCUGCGUGCCAUGGGUGAAACCAAUGCCCUUUUACAAAGGAACACUAUUCUAAAGAGGGAAACUGCUCUGGCCACAGCUGCAAUUUAUGAUUCAAUGUUUGCAGCAGAAGAUGGCACCAUCCCUGCAACCUUCCAGGUUAUUUAUAUGACAGGGUGGAGGGACCAUCCAUCUCAGCAGAGGGCAAAAAGGAGGGGCUCUGCAACUGUGUCCUUUCAGGACAUCCAUAAGCAAUUUGGAAGUGAAAGUUGAUGAUGCUCUUUCUGCAUGGGGCUUGGCUGUUGUUUUCUAAGCAAAUAAAAGUGAACUUUCUCUACAAGAUCUUGAUGUAGUUCUUCAAUAAUACUUAAGAGUUAUAGGAGCCACUUGUGCAUGUACUUAUUUUGUGAGAGAAAAACUGCGGGACCAAAAUGUGCGGUCUUUGUUUUUUUGGGACAAAACCAAAAUGUGUUGCCAAUCAAAAUAUUUUAGUGGAUACUUCCUUUUUGUGUAA